GAGCUGGACAUGAGUGACUUUGAGGAGCAGUUCAAGACCAAAGCGCAGGGCCCCGGCUUGGACAUCAGUGCCCUGAAGGUGAAGGCCACGCAGAAGGCUCCCAGCAAGGUCACCCUCAUGGAGUCCAACCGAGCCAAGAACCUGGCCAUCACCCUCCGCAAGGGCGGCCGCAGCAUCCAGGACAUCUGCACAGCCAUUGAGACGUAUGACCAGCAAGCCUUGAGCCUCGACUUUCUGGAGCUGCUGCUGCGCUUCCUGCCCACCGAGUACGAGCGGACGCUCAUCGGGAAGUUCGAGCGGGACCAGCAGCCGCCGGAGGAGCUCUCGGACGAGGACCAGUUCAUGAUCCGCUUCAGCAAGAUCCCGCGCCUGGCCGAGCGCAUGAACGUCAUGAUCUUCCUGGGCAACUUCAGUGACACGGCCCAGCUGCUCAUGCCGCAACUCAACGCCAUCAUCGCCGCCUCCAUGUCCCUCAAGUCCUCCACCAAACUGCGCAACAUCCUCGAGAUCGUCCUGGCUUUCGGGAACUACAUGAACAGCAGCAAGCGCGGGGCAGCCUACGGCUUCCGGCUGCAGAGCCUCGACGCGCUCCUGGAGAUGAAGUCGACGGACCGCAAGCAAACGCUGCUGCAUUACCUGGUGCGGGUGAUCAUGGAGAAGUACCCCGAGCUGACCGGCUUCCACACCGAGACUGCAGCCCCGGUGUGGGGGCUCUCCGAGCCUGCCCUGACCCCGACACCGCUCGCCCUCCCUGCAGUCUCCCUGGACAGCGUGUUGCAGGACGUGCGGAGCCUGCAGCAGGGGAUGGAGCUGACCCGCAAGGAGUUCAUGCGGCAGGACGACAGCCCCGUGCUCAAGGACUUCCUCAAGGUCAACUCAGAGGUGAUGGAGAAGCUGCAGGCUGACAGCAAAACCGCCAAGGAGGCGUAUGAGUCGGCUGUGGAGUAUUUUGGGGAGAACCCCAAGACAAGUCCCCCCACCACCUUCUUCCCCAUGUUCAUGCGCUUCAUCAGAGCCUACAAGAAAGCAGAGCAGGACAUUGAGCUGUGGAAGAAACAGGAGGCUGCGGCCAAAGAGGCAGAAUCCAGCAGCGAGGACCAGCCCGAGGUGAAAUUGCCCAUCCAGAAAGCCAGGCGGCAGCAGAUGGACAUGAUCGCUGAGCUGAAGAAGAGGCAGAUGGUGAAGGAGCCGCUCAUCUAUGAAGGCAAAGACGGGGCCAUCGAGGACAUUAUUUCAGCUCUGAAAACUGUUCCUUUCACGGCCCGGACGGGCAAGCGCUCGUCCCGGCUCUUCUGCGAUGUGAGCUUCAACGAGGAGAGUCCUCU